GGAGAAGAAGAAGAAACCACGACCUCGACUCGUCAUGGACGCUUCGGUAUCGUCUCGGCUCGACCGCAGUUUAAAUAAUUUGCUGUCGGAUGAGGAGAACCAGAGUGACGCCAGUUUAUCUCCUGCACCCCCCCAGGUACACACACAGCAGGAGUCUGUGGCAGAGUCACCCGGCGUGACCGUGGUGCAGCUGGCUGACGGUGAGACGCUGGAGGUCAAGAGGUCGAUCCCGGCGCCUCAGGCCUCGGUCAUACAGGCGCCACAGGUCCACACCGUCCAGGUCGCCACGGCAGCAGAGCUGGAGGAGGACGAGUCCACCACCGACGCUCUGAGGAGACGAGAGGUUCUCUCCAGGCGUCCGUCCUACCGAAAAAUCCUCAAUGAGCUCGCGUCCGAUUCGCCGGCAGUUCCUAAAAUCGAUGAGGAGGAGACAGAGGAUGAGGAAGAGGAGGAGGAGGAGGAGGUGUCGAACGCAUCUACCAUCUACCAGACCAGCUCAGGACAAUACAUCACAGUCACUCAAGAUGGAGCCAUCCAGCUGAGCAGCCGGGGGGGCCAGGCCCUUCAGGGGUCUCAGAACCUGACGCAGCCCGGAGCCACCAUCCUGCAGUGUGCAGCUCAGCCCGGGGACGCUCCUCAGCAGUUCUACAUCCAGGGCGGACAGGUGCUCCUCCAAGCCGCCACAGGAGACAUCCCCGCCUACCAGCUGCGUUCGCCGAACUCGGGCCUGACCCAAAGCAUCGUGAUGGCGGCGUCCCCGGGCAGCAUGCAGAGCCCCCCCCCCCACCGGGCCGAAGAGGUCACCCGCAAGAGGGAGGUCCGGCUGAUGAAGAACAGGGAAGCCGCUCGCGAGUGCCGCAGGAAAAAGAAAGAGUACGUCAAGUGUUUGGAGAACCGCGUGGCCGUGUUGGAAAACCAGAACAAGACCCUGAUUGAAGAGCUGAAAGCACUGAAGGACAUUUACUGCCACAAGAACGAGUAGCGGCGGCCGCUCGUGGUCACGGCGCUGGAAGACGGUGGUGUUUUCAAAACUGCUGCAGAAACACAAACACACAAAAAAGAAGAAAAGGAAAAAGACUCUGGAUCUAAAAACUGCUCCGGCUCCUCCGCUCGGACCUGGUUCCACGAGUCCAGAACAAUUCAACCAGCUUGUGCUUUUGGCAGUUUCGCUCUCGUUCUUAAUCUUGUGCUGUUUUGCAUGUGAAGACUCAGAGUGGCGUGCACACUACGCUUGCUGUCGGGGGGGGGAACAGGAAGAGGAGGAGCAGGAAGAGGAGGAACAGGUGCUUCCUGGAAAUGCACAAAGAUUUCGCAAAAAGAGAAAAACCCUCAUGCAGGUCGGCCAGGUCCGGGACCCGCAGGUUUCUGCACGGGUUCGAACGGAGAGCACACACAAAAACACAAAAACACAAAAGCUGUUCCACCAGCAGGUCGACCACGUCCCCCCCCCCCCCGAUGACGUCAUCUGUGUAUUCACGCUUCUGUUCCUGGUUGUUUCAUGAAUUCCCUUUAAUGCAGAAACACAUGUCGGGAGAAUCGUCCCCCCAGCGGUUUGUGAUUGAAGUGGAUCCCAUCCGACCUGUUCCCAGUUUGUACAAACACACUCGAUUCGUUUAGGGCUUCAAGCAAAAGACAUGUUCGGCUUUUUAAUGCACAGAACUUCAAAGGCUUCUCUCAAUGGGGGGGGGGGCAUUAAUGUGAAUCCAAAAAGAGUCUUUUUCAUCAUCACUAAAAGCACAGGAAGGACCAAAGUCUCAGUGUGGAUCGGAUUAGAAUUUGUAUUCUAUCGCAUUUAUUUAAAGAAUUUCACUCCACACGUUUAUAUUAUAUAUACAUGAAGAUAUAUAUAUAUAUAUAUUCUACAAAGCAAAUGUUACCGAUUUAAGAAAAAUACAAUCAUCAAACCUCAGUUUUGUAAGAGAAACUUCUUAAAGAUGAGGAACAGUUGUGCUUCACUCUCACGCAAGCAUGAUUUCAUUUUGUGUUUUUUUUUUUCAAAUGAUGGAUCUCCGUUGUGGAAUAAAAGUGUGUUUGAUUAUGGCUGGAUAUGAAAAAAUACUCUGUUUAAAGGGUGACGCCAACUUUCUCUUUUGUUUCCUAACUUUUACUUUCAUGGGACUUCUCCUCUCUGGUGUGUUUUUGGUGGUUUCCAAGAAGAGAGAAAGUCUCGGUAGAAGUUGACAGAUGUUGAGCUCAGGUUGAAUCCUUCUUUUUACCAACUGGACGACCCGGCAACCUUUUAACUUCUACACCAAAGCAGGAAACCUUAAGACUUAGCUCGAUAUCAGUUGUUCUGUAUGUAGUUGUUUUAAAUUUUUGUGUUGUCAUCUUUUAUCCCGGUGUACUUCCCUGUUUGAAUUGUAUUUUUUCUUUGUUUGUCUAAUAAAAAUGUUCAAAUGUGACGUGGAAA